UACUGAAAAUUGACAACACAACAUCUUAAUAUCAUCUGAUUGUUAAUAUACGUAUACCACUAUUAGUUGUUUGAUCGAUUUUAAGUAUCUUCUAUAUCCCUUUCAUAAUAAUCUUUUUAUUUUCGUAAACCAAAUAUAUGUAAAUAGCUCUAUAUUGAUUUAUUAAAUUAAUUAUUUAAGUAUGUGUUUGUGUCUUGGUCCUACAAAAUCUGGUAAAACUUUGUUAAUGAAAAAACUUCAAGGAAAUGAAGCAAUUGAUGAUGCAUCACAUACAGUUCCUACAAAUGGAAUUAAUCUUUUUACAAUACGUAGUAAAGAUGGACAUUUCGACAUGAUCGUAAGGGAAAUAGGCGGUAGCAUGGCUCCCAUUUGGAAACAUUAUUUUGAGAGGGUUUAUAAAAUCAUUUACGUCAUAGAUGCAAGUAAUCUUUGUCAAAUUAGUGCUACUGGAGUACUUUUCUAUUCAUUGUUAAUUGAACCAAAACUUCAGCAUAUUAAAGUAUGUUUUAUACUUAGUAAAAUGGAUCUUUCAUAUCGUCAAAUGAGAAAUGAAGCUCUUCUAAUGCUACACUUUAAUCGAUUAAAACGAGAAGUAAAUCAAAAAAUUACCGUCAUCGAAGCUAGUGGAAUGACAGGUCAAGGUAUAGAAGAAAUAAGAGACUGGUUAUUUGAUCCAGAUACUUUGAAAGCUACAGGAUCCACUGGUAAUGCUGCUGCAGCUGCUUUAGCAAAUGCUGCUAUUGCCAAAAAGUGA